ACUACUUACGCUGGCUAUAUAUUGCCCCCUCCAGUGUCAGAAUGCCCCUUUAUACCAGUCACUGGGGCAUGUGACUGGGAGGUCCCUGUUGCUCUCGUGUCCUGUUUGUGGACGUCUCAUUGGGGCAUCUGCUUGGCCCCUGAACUAGAGAGGCCUUUGGUCUGGUAUAGGCAGAGGAAAUGACUAUCCAUACCCAGCAGGGUAACACCUUUUCAGCCGCAUCCCUGUUCCCAUGGCGUCAGGCUACCAGCAUCGCCUGUGGCGCUACGUAGAUGCCUGUCGCCAUCGCAAGCUGCGUAGGCUUCUGCAACGUCACAGGGAGGCACUGGACCUGGGCGAGACCACGGGGCGCAAGGGCCGAACCCCGCUGCACCGAUCCUGCGCCCUGCAGGACUUCAGAACGGCCAUCCUCCUGUUGAAGCAUGGAGCAGAUCCCUCCAUUAUGGAUCGGCGUGGGAACACAGCUCUACACGUGGCUGCCCGGCACGUGGCGCGCACAGGAGGCUUAGGGUUCAAAGACCUGUUUGUACCCUUACGAAACCACUGCCCUGCCGCCAUGAGCAUCCGGAACAGAGAUGGGAAAACGCCGGAGGACCUCCUGGGACAACUGGAAGAGAAAUGGUGCCCUCGAGAGACGUUCGAAGAAAAUGAGGCACGACACAAUGCUGACUGGGAGUGGAGCCGCAAACUUCUCGAUGAAUGGGAGGACGAGUAUCAGGAAACCUACUGGCAGCAUGAAGAGGAUUUCUACGCCUCCGAUCCCGACUCAGAAAGCUUUGAGGACUGGGCCGAUCGCAUAUUUCGGGAAUACAAGCAAAAACAACAGCGAGAAAGGGAACGGCCUCAGCGGAGGCCUAAAACUGAACCCCCAAAGCCUCCCCCUAAUUGGCAGGAGGAACAUCUGCUCUAUGAGAAACGCGCCCGAGCCAAAGAAGAAGAGCUGAAGGCGGCCAAGAGGCAGCGAUACGAGGAAGGCUGCAGCCGGGUGUUCUUCACGGACAGCUCCCGGCUGUUGCGCUACGAGGACAUUCCCUGGCCAUGCCCAACCGGGACCCCUGAGGAGAUGGCGGCUGUGGCACUCCACGGCAUUGACCCCUCCGACAGGGCAGCUUACCGGCUCUUCCUCCGGCGUCAGCAGGUUUUGUGGCAUCCAGACAAGUUUUCCCAACGCUGCGGCAACCGCUUAGCUGAACAGGAUCGCCGUCGAAUAUUGGACACCGUCACGGCGUUGUCCCAAGCAUUCAACCAGCGAGCUGCCAGAUAACUCUUUGCUGCCUGUCUGUGAAUAACACCUUCCUUUCAAGAGUGUGGGACAAGGGAUUGUGGGACGGGGAGGAUUUUUUGGUUUCAACCUGUUUUAAAAGAACUUGCUGUCCCUGUGAGCCUCUUCCCCCCACUUUUUUUUUGGGGGGGGGGAUUUUCCCAAGAAGCGUAAAGAUGGGCAGUGUGAAUAAUUUAACUAGGCCUUUAGUUCCAUAGACAGACCUUCUCCUGAGACAUCAGCUGGUGUCCCAAAAGGUUUAAGAAUAUUUAUUUAAAACAAUUCUGCCUCAACUUUCAAUGUGGAGACUGCCAAGGAAGUGUAUGGAUUAAUGCCGAAAUCCUAAGUACAUUUACAAAGAAGAGCGACUCACUGAAUACACUGGGAAUUACUUCUGAGGAGAGGCACACAGGAUUGCCCUGUAAUAAUCUAUAAUAAUAAAAAUGGAUGUGUGA